AUGUCUAACUACCCCCUCUUUCCAAACCCUGAGGACGAUGCCACCAACGAAGAACUGGACCCCUUCGGCUCCUAUGGAACCGGUUCUCCUUAUCCCCAUAUAGAGAAUCCGGUUUCCAACGAGCAGGAAGGUUUGCAGGCACUUCAGGCCAUGCAUGGUAUGCAGGGGUAUCAGCAGAGUCAGCUGUACGUCCCUUCCAUGUCCAUUGCGAAUCCCCACCCUUCAAUGUUUACCCCCCUCCCUGUCGGUCCCGUCCCCUUCAAUGAUUUUUCUCGUGGCCAGCCUCGCGGUACCAGCUUUCAUGUAGAGAAUCCUUCUCAUUCGUCUACCAUGAUUGCUGGAAACGCUUUGGUUGCGCCAUUCGACCCCCUCCUUACCCCCGGACUCAUGUACCCCGCGAGCGUCAUUGGUCUCCCCCAUCAACACCAGCCCAAUAACAUGACUGAUCACGGUUCCCCUUCCGUUGACAGUCAUGAAAUUGGUCUUGGCAGUAUUCUUUCCGAGAGCAUCCCUGCAGCGAGUCUGGACAUCCCCAACGACCUGACUUCUGAUAUUGGUGACAACAAAAUGAUGGAACCAAUCGGUGCAUCCAGUAACGCGGCUGAAGAAGUUGAGGAGAGCUCCGGAUUUCAGUGGGAUGUUGUGUGGGAAAUCGUCCUCCUCCUACUCAUUCUCCGUAAAGCCGGUUUUCCCGAGCUCAGCGAGGAUCAGUGGAGAGAAAUAGCCUUGGAGAUGAGGAACCCGAAGAACUGGAACGGGGUCAGACAACAUUACAGGCAGGUGAGAGUACGAGUCAUUGCCUCCCUGAAUCUUGAUGAGGAGCAUGCCGAAAUUCUCCCAAAGGUCCCUCGUUCAAGACAGACUUCCAGCAUGGUGUGCCAGAACUUUUGCUUCCAUUGCGACCAGGCAAAACAGGCGGCUGGCAAUGAGAAAGAAGUCUCCAACAAAAGAACCCGCGGCAAUAAGCCCAACGACGAUGCAGCGAACGGAGCAGCAGGCGAUACGGCAGCCAAACCCGCCCCCAAAAAAGGGAAAAAUGCACGAAAGGUCCCGGCUUUCCCCCACGAACUGCAAUAUUUCUCGUAUCCUAACCAGGUGUCAGAUCAUGGAUUAAGAGGCUUUGCUCCAGAGUUCGUCAAUUACCGAGCUUAUCCAUCGACUUGGAUUUGGUCAGAUGAGGCCCUCGAGAAAGAGGUGGCUGAACGGCGCGAGAAAUUCAAGGACCUCGUCGCUAAGCCAUCUAAUCUUCCUCUUCCCAUUCGUGUCCAUCGUGCCAGACGGAAGCCGAAGAGAAAGCAUCCUAGACGCCCCAGGGCUACUAUUGCCAGUCGCAAGUGA